UAUAAUCAAUAAAUAUUUGUCAGAUUGUAAAUAAAAAAUAUACGUAUCCAUUAACGCAAUUAACUAAUUAAAUCGAAUGAAUGUGAACGAGAACGUCACCUAAUUGCUUUCUAAAUUUAUUUAGUUCACAUAUAAGUAAACCUUAAUAAUUCCCUUUAUUUUAUAUUAAGAAUGACGUAUGAGCAGCGAAAGCAUCAGAAACCUUCAAAUCGCUUGCUUUCUUAAAAUUCAUCGCACGUUAUUCGUUAUUACUUAAUUAACAGGGUUAUGCGAUGACUGAAUAUCACAAGUUCUUUAAAUAGAAUGGAUUCGUCGAAUCCGACGAGAAUGACAAUGAACGGCAGUCGUCCGGAAUUGUCACCGUUGUUGGUACUAACAAUUGCUGCUGGUACUACUUAACUAAUUAUAAAAAACACUGACGAUGGCGUUGCGAUCUGUAUCUAGCUUGUCUUUAAGGCCGGCUGACAUUCCGGAAAUUUUAUGGUUCGAAGAAGAAACCGAACUGAUCCGAAGUUGUGCCGCCUUAUCGUCAGCUGUGGGUCUUCAGAAGAGCUUCAGCACCAGUGACAUCAGUCAAUUACCUUCGCCAGACGACGGACCCAACGUUCCAGGACUCAGAAACGCCGUUUCGGAACUGGUUCUCAACUCUCUGCAAAGGUCCGGCUUCCUCUUGGAAAACUCCCGUCUGGAUCACACGUCCAGAUCUUGUUCCACAUGGGUGGCAGUGGGAGACAUAGCCUCCACUUCGCAGCUGCCUUCUCCGCACGGCGGCCACAGCAGCACAGCCGCUUCCACCAACAACCAGCACCACCAUCAGACAAACACCCCUCCACCACCGGCCUUCACCGCCGCCGACUUCAUCAGAUCCGUCAAUAAAAAAGUAAGACAAAACUACAUCCGACGAAGACUCCUUACCACGUACAAAGCCCUCGAGCGUCUAUCCCAGAGUGAAUUCAACCUGGACCGAUUGGAGGUGACCCCUUCGACCGCCACAGCCAGCGUCACCACCGACACCGGAGAUGGAGGAGCGUCGUCCAGAUUGUCCGUCCCCGGAAACAGCCCGACCCCCAAACCCCACAACACGCCGCCGCCACCCAACAGUACCAACGCAGCCAUGUUGAGAGUGGCCAAACAACGUGCCGGAAGCAAUCUGCCUCUGACCAUCAGAGACGUCGAACGAGAAAGGGGAAAACCUCUCAGCAAAUACGAAAGGAACAUGAUGAUAUUCAAUUGGUUGCAUACGUUGGACGACACCGCUUUCGUGGAAGGAAUACAAUAAGAACUCACUCCACUCACUUACUUGUUUAUGGUACUACACAAACGUCUUAUGGUUCCUGGCGGCCUUUCAGAAGACCGACUAGAUCAUUCUUCACUCGACAAUUGGUUUUUACCUCUUUGCCAUUUUUCAAAUUUAAAAAGAAAACGUACAUACAUUUUUUAUUGUAUUCUCUUGACAAAUUGUGAUGAGUGACAAACAAAACAUCGUUGUUUCUAAAUUUGUAUUCGAAAAAUUAUAGUCAAACUAACGUUAUCAAGAAUUUGUAGCUGUAUAUUAAAAAAAGUUCUUGUUAAACUUCUACGUAGGUAUUAUCCUCUGUAUUAUGUAUAUUGUAUUAAAGGCGGUGCUAAUCGAAGUCGAACCAUAGGACUAAUAUACUUAUUCAUUUGCAGGGAACCGUUGAUAUUGUGAUAUCAAUUGAAAUAAAACAUUUUUAAAUCCAAUUAUGUGUACGUAUUAACUAACUUUUUGAUGCUUUCAGUGUCCACUUGAAAAUGUUUUAUUUCGCCUGCAUAUUGUAACUGACUGCUCCCAUUAUAUGAGCGUUGUUCUUUAGCUAAUUUAUAUAAAUAUGUAUAUCUAUUUAUUUAAAGAAAGUUUACUCCAUUAGGAGAUAUUAAAGUCAUAUCAAUAACGA